ACACGCAUUUUCAUUUUGCCGUGGUCGAGCUUCACGUAGAGCGCGCGCGCUAGGAAGACGGGACCUCUCUCCUGUCCAUCCGUCCGUCCCUGGACUCUCUUAUUAUUUUUUUCUUCUCUCUCUCUGUAUUGUUUAUUAAUAUCUCACCAUCCCUGCGGUGUGGAAGGCAGCGGACUGUCCGAGCAAUGCCAAUCUGAACACUACCAUGGGGUUGCUGAAAGGUCAAAUCUUGCCUGAUUGCUUAGAUCUAGGAAUAGCAGACUUAGUGGCUGACAGCAGGAGCACGAGAAUGCUGUAACACACGCUUUGGAAAGCCAGUUUGUUUUGUUUUGGUUUUUGUUCACGCAAGCCCCUUGUUGAAAAAUAUGCUGUUUUAUAUCCCCCGUUUUAUUGGUCCGGUCAUCGAACAUGUUACGGAGUUCGGCACGGUAUGAAAUUCCCUCUUACGAGGUGGUACUCUUUGGAUCUUAGAUAUCGUAACUGGAAGGAAUAAUGAAGUUCUGGUGUCAUCAGUGUACUGGUGGUGCAUUGCCAUCAAAUAAACCUCAUCCCUUAUCUUUGGAUGCCGCCUGUGCAGAUGGAACGCCGCCACCCCCCUUACAGCUUGGGGACCGGGUUGUCUGGAUCAGUGACUCUGGUCCUGAAUACGGUGAGGUGAAGUGGCUUGGCAAACUUCUGGAUGUAGGCACAGACUGGAUGGUUGGAGUAGAAUUCGACAACCCCGUAGGAACUGGUACAGGAAAAUAUAAUGAUCAUCAGCUAUUUGAAGCAAAAUUAAACCAUGCGUCCCUUGUCCCUAUAAUUGGCUUAAUGAAAGCUGAUGAUUUCCUAGGUGAUAAAUCCUUUGGAUCCUCUUUUGGCACUUUGCCUAAAUCAUGCCGAAAAAAGAAGAGUGGAGAGUCAUCUGGAUCUGUAUUCGUAGAGAGAGUUACUUUAGAUGAUUCUUCACAUGGUACUUCUGGUAGAAGCAGCCUUACUAAAAGUAGCCCUGGGUGCCGUAGGAAAUUAAAUUUUAUACCAAAUAAUGCAACACCUGAUGAUAAGUCAAGCUCUUUAUCUUGUCGCAGUCCUGACUUUUUAACUUCUCAUUUAAACCUAGAAAAUGAUGACAGUUGUACUAGUGGAUCCACAGUUAAUCCAUUAUAUGAAAUGCUGACUGAAAAAAUUGUCUCAGGAAACCAAAAGCUCGGCAUUACUAGAUUAGAUGAUUCAAAUUCUUCCAUGGCAUCUGGAUCUAGCGUAGGAAGGAAAUCAAGUAGUACACUUGUUAGUAGGCAUACUAGCCAUGAUGGAAAUGAUCUUGAAGUUGGUUCUGUGGUAGAAGUUUUAAUUAAUAGUAAUCCAUGUUAUGGUGUUAUUCGUUGGAUUGGAGAAAUUCCAGAAGCAAGAGGAAAACUUGUCGCUGGAAUUGAAAUGGAAGAAGAAAGCUCAAGCUGCACAGAUGGAACAUUCAAUGGAAAGCGUUAUUUUUCAUGUCCUCCUAGAAAAGCCUUUUUUGUCCGUCUCAGUCACUGUCGCAAAGAUAGUCGCUUUCAAGAAUCUGAAAAAAGAAAAAGUGCAGUAUUUGGCAGCAUAGAUUGUCCCUCAAUUACUGGUGAUGUACCACCCUUAUCCAGUCCUGAAGAUAUGAAAUUGCUUUAUGGAAAAAAUCGUGGUAUUCAGGGGCAUCACAAUUCAUGCUACUUAGAUGCAACUCUCUUUGCUAUGUUUUCCUGUACAGGAGUUUUUGAUUCUAUUUUACAUCGGCCAAAAAAUAGUGAUGACAUUGCUGAGUAUGAUGAAGUUCAGAGAGUUCUUAAAGAAGAAAUAGUUAAUCCUCUUCGAGCGAAUUUUUAUGUACGUGCUGACCGGGUUAUGGAACUCAGGAAACGCCUUGAGAGACUGAGCUCUGUCAGAGGUCUAACAUCAGAAGAGAAGGAUCCUGAGGAGUUUUUAAAUUCUUUGUUGAAUCAGAUAUUGAGAGCAGAACCCUUUUUGAAAUUAAGUUCUGGCCAAGAGUCUUAUUUUUAUCAAUUAUUUGUGGAAAAAGACGAAAAGCUAGUUUUGCCAACUGUACAGCAGUUAUUUGAUCAGUCAUUUCUAGCUUCUGACAUUAAACUUGCCGAAGUUCCACCAUGUUUGCUCAUACAAAUGCCAAGAUUUGGUAAACAAUUUAAAAUGUACCCAAGGAUUAUCCCCAGUCAGUAUCUUGAUAUUACUGAUGUUUUAGAAGAUUCCCCACGGCAGUGCAGCAUAUGUGGGCAGGUAGCUGAAUAUGAAUGCAAAGAAUGUUAUGGCCAGUUUGGAGAAGGCUUAGAUAGUAUUGCUUUUUGUCAAAAAUGCAUGGAUAAAAGUCAUAGCCACAAGAAACGAACUCGACAUCGCAGUGUUAAGUUAAGCAUACCACCAGAAUUUCGAAUGCUGAAAGACCACACACCUGUGCCCAGAAUAUAUAUGGAGCUUUUUGCAGUAGUUUGUAUUGAGACAAGCCAUUAUGUAUGUUUUGUAAAGUGUGGCAGUGGCCCCGAUGCUCCUUGGUGUUUCUUUGAUAGUAUGGCUGAUAGGAAAGGAGAACAGAAUGGUUACAAUAUUCCAGAAGUAGUGCCUUUCGUAGAUUUACGGUGGUGGUUAUCAGAAGAAGGAAUGAAUUUUCUAUUAUCUGCUAAAGAUGACAAAGUUUUGCCUGAAAUUACACGGAGGUUGCUAUGUGAUGCAUAUAUGUGUAUGUAUCAAAGCUCUGAUGUAAUGAUGUAUCGUUAAAAAUGAAAUACCCCAUCCCGUUCCCAAUGUAAUAAGAUAUAUCAUUAGUUAUAUAAUUAACUAGGGCUGGACCCUGGUUUUCAACAUCCUCUUCUAUAUUUUUUUGAGAAACUUCAGGAACAGAAAGAUGUAUGGGUUUAUUUUGCAUUUAAGGUCUAAAUAUCAAAUAUUAUAAACAAAACAUAUUAGAUAUUAGAGCCGUCCCUUUAUGGAGAAGUGUCAGUGCAUGUGGAACAGUGAGUGAAUUUUGUAUAUAGUAUUGAUUAUUUUGGUAUUGUGACACAAGUGUCCAAAAUAGAACUUUAUCCAGAAUAAUAAAACUAUUAUUAAAAUAACUAUAAUUCAAAAAUGUAAUUUAAAACUUAUUUAUUAUAUACUAAAAAUAGAUUCUUAAGUGUUUUAAAUUUAAAGUGGGAUGUGAAUAUUUAUCAAUAUUUUCAAAGUAUUAGCUAAUUUAAAAUUAUUCAGUAUUACUUUAGGCACUUAAAAACUUAAUACAUUUAUCUGUACGAAAAGAAGGUUCCUGACGAAGAACAUAGUAGCUUCUCUUCUAGCAAAUAAGAAUUAGCUGGAAGAGUAAAUCUGAUCUGUGAUGAAAACCCUCCGAAAAAUCUAAUAUUAAGUAUAGUUAGUAAAUGCAUCCUUUCUAUGAAAUAUAAAUAAAGAUUUAGCCAGUGCAGGUAAUAGGUAGAUUAGAUAUAUGACCAGUUAGCUAUUUACCUUUUUACUUUUGUAAUUAUUUGUUAUGUACUUAAUGUAUAAUUUCCUGAAAUUCUGUGAAUAAUGAAACUUUAUCUAUCAAUUUUACUGAAAUUAGUGUAAUAUAAAAUUUAAACAUUACUUAAUUUAAUUAAUAAAUUUAAAUAUUUCUGAUCAAAGCAUACUUUUUUUACAUUGUACAUAAAAUUAGGUUAUUUACUUUUAAAUGAAAAGAGUUUCACUGUGUUAAUUUUUAAACCUUAAUCAAGGUAAUUCAAAUUUAGUAGUUUAAUAUUAAGCUGCUAUUUUCCUCUACAUAAUAUUUUUAUUAUUAAAUUCAAAUAUUAGAAGUGUGUUCCCUCUCAUUUUAAAGCAGAAAUUUCUAGCCUGACCUGCCUGAUUUAUAUGCAUGAAAAUCCAUAAACAUGAGGCAAUUCAGGUUGAGAUUAAUGAAUAAAAAAUUAUCAUAAUAACAGAAAAAGAAUAUUUUAGAGUUUAAUAUGCUUUCAGAUUGAUAGAUUGAGGUUCGACAGUAAUUAAAAAUAAUGAAAUACAAUGAGUAUGAAAUUUUGUGAUGCUGCUAAUUAUGAUGCAUAGAAUGCAUGAUAUGUAGCACAGAUUAUAUAAGCUUUACAUGUGAAAAAGUUAUUUUUAAAAGAAUUGUUUGAUAUUUAAGAUUGUAAAGUUUAUUGUAUAGUUAUGUUUUGUUGCAUUUCUGGAAACUAUACUGUUAUUAGCUGUAAAUGCAUAUCUUGUGUUAAUGAUAUUGCUCAGUAUGAAUCAGUUUAACAACUGUUAAAAUAUGUAUAAAAUAUCUGUAAUACCUUAUGAAUGACUCUACAUGAGGAUAAAUAAUUUAUUAUGUAUUAAAUGGAAUCUAAAUAAUACUCUAACUCAAAAAUCUUAGAAAAAUUAAAAUCAUUUAAAUUAUGAUUUAUUUGCAUUAAAACUAAGUUAUAAAGCAAAAGUUAUUACUCACAUUAAAAAAUUAAAUGUUUAGUAUAUAAAAAGUUCAAUGAUAUAUUUAUAAAAAACUUUAUGUGGUCUACUUUAUUAAAAAAUUAUUUUAAGCAUUUAUAGUUCUAAUAUAUAUAUAUAUAUAUAUAUAUUAUUGCUGCAUUAAAAUUCCUGUUAUGUAUGUUUUCAAAUUUUAUGCAAAUGUUGAAAUAAAACAAACUAGACUAAUUGCAUACAAUGAGAAUUUUAUACUCUAGAAAUAAAACAAGAGACUGAGUGGUAUAAUGAUGAUUAAAAAUGCUUAUAGCAUACAAUUUACAAAAUGAUUCGUUCAUACAAGAAAUUAAUGACACAUAAAGAAAUACAUAAGUAUAUUAUUCUAAGUGUUCUACUUUUGUAAUAAAGAAAAAUUUUCCCAUUCAAUAUAUUAAUCAUGAGUGCUGUAUAUAUUUUAUCUGAAAUAAGAACAUAACAAAAAAUUGCAUUAAUAUGUUAGGAACUAUUAACAAAUAUAUUUUACAUAGGCAAAUUUUAUUUCAGAUUUAUUCUUGAAAUAUUAUAUUUUAUAAAAUAAUAUAUAUAGUGUGAUAUCUCAAGUUUUUUAAAAUCAUAUCUUAAAAAAGAGUAUUUCUUAAUGCACUUUUACUGAGAUGUGCAUUAAGAAAUACUAUUUUUUUAACUAAAGAAUUAAUUUUUUCUAAGAAGCAAACAUAGGAUAAGACUAAACUUUGUAACAUAAAAUGACACAUUAAAAUCUAAAUUUUCUGAGAUAAUAAUAUUUUUUAGUAUUUUUUGGGGGGAGGGGGAUACAAGUAGUAAGUGAUCUACUAGAGAAAAAGGGCACUGCAGAUGAGCCCAGAAAUUUUAGUUUUAUGGCUGGUUGAAGAAAUGUGGAAUUUUUUAUUAUUUAUGAAUCAAACCAGAAUAUUUUUUAUUAGAAAUUUUCAAUUUGAGCCAUAAAAUUCACUAUAUUGUAAAUUAUUUCAUAAUGUAAUCUCACAAAGUUAAAACUGUUAUUAAAAGUUGAAAAAAAUUAUGUUCAUACGACAAUAUGAUUUGGACAUAAAAUGAUGGAAGAUGACAGAUAACUUGAAGUUUUUUAAGGAUAUAAGACACAAAAAUGAAGGUGCUAUGAUCAUAAAGAAAUUACUUGAAGUGUUCAGUGCUUUAAAUAUGAAAAAUUCCAAAAUAAAAUCUACUAUAUUUACUAUCCUUCAAAACAUAUGUGUUACUACUAUACAUGAAAUAUGAUAAACGUGAUGCAAAUUGUGCGUGUUUUUAAAUUUUAAGUUAAAUGGGCCUUUGUCAAACAUAUUAGGGAAGAAAGGCAAUUUAAUUUUCACACUGCAGAUUUGAAGCAUUUUAAUGAUAAAAUUAAAGGGACGGAAUAUUUGUCAUGAUUUGCCAGAAUAAAAGUUUUAUGGAAACAUUUAACAUUAUAAAAGUGUUACUUAGUUUAAUUUAAUGGUCUGGCACUUAUCAUUGUUACUUAAACAAUAGAAAUAUUUUAAUCAUAUUAAAACCAUAAAUAUGAACCUAUGUUAACCACAGUGCAUGACAUUUGCAAAAUGAGAAUAUUAAAUGAAAUAUGUAAACAGAUACAACUGAUAAAAUGAAAUAUAUAAUAUGCCAUAAUACUACAAUGUAAUAAAAAGACUGAAAAUCAUUUUGUGGAUUAAAAAAUUUCUGUACAAUAUAUAAGUUAAUCUUAAAAGUAACAUGUAAUUAUAUAUUAAUUCUAUUUAACUACAUUUGUACCUUGUAUUGACUCACACAUGGUAUCUUUAAAGUUUUAAAAGAAAAACUAUAAAUAAAAGUACUGUAAAGUCUAAAAGCUUUCAUAAAUUCAUAAAUCAAACAGAAAAACUGCUAUAUACUUUGUAAAAAUUAUAGCAUUCUUAUGCUUAUCAAUGAAAUUAGUUCUGCAAAACACACAAAGAGUUCAUAUAUUUAGAGAGCGUUCGAAAAAGGUGGCUACACUCUUUACUUCCUUAUGAACUGUUAUGAGACUUAAAUUUCAAUAUGUAAAAAUUUUGGCAAGUUAAAAAAAAAAAAAAAAUAGAUAA